AGGAGGAUGAGCGAGUUCCGUAUUCACCAUGAUGUCAACGAGUUGCUCAGCCUGCUGCGUGUUCACGGCGGGGAAGGAGCCGAAGUCUACAUCGAUCUUCUGCAGAAGAAUCGAACGCCUUACGUUACUACCACUGUCUCUGCCCACAGCGCGAAGGUAAAAAUAGCAGAGUUUUCUCGAACUCCUGAAGAUUUUUUAAAGAAGUACGAUGAGCUGAAGUCUAAAAACACAAGACAUCUAGAUUCCUUAGUUUAUCUACUGUCAAAACUCACAGAAGACAAAGAGACGCUUCAGUAUUUGCAGCAAAAUGCUAAAGAAAGGGCAGAGCUUGCAGCAACUGCAGCAACCAGUGGCAGCACAAAUUUUUCCAUUCCCUCGUCUACUUCCAAGAUAUCUCUACAGGAGCUCGAGGAGCUCCGCAAGCAGCUGGGCAGCGUCACAGCCAACUCCAGUGUACAGCAGCCUCUUGAGCUUACACGAAAAAUCCUCCGAGAUAAGCAGAACAAGAAGAAUUUUGGUCAUCCCAUUCCAGUAUUUCCAUCCUGGGUGUAUGAGAGACCUGCGCUUAUUGGUGAUUUCUUAAUUGGCACCAGUUUAAGCACUGACACAACGGUACCUAUAGGUACUUUGCCAUUAGCCUCCCAAGAAUCCGUGAUUGUGGAGGACUUGCUGUACGUUCUGAUUGGCGUGGAUGGAAGAUACAUCACAGCACAGGCUCUUGUAGGCAGGCAAAACCGAGCGUUUUCAGUUGAUCCAAACUUGGACUUGUCCAUCAAAGAGCUGGUGACCAGGAUUCUUCCUGUAGCAGCAAGUUACUCUGCUGUCACCAGGUUUAUAGAGGAGAAGUCUUCCUUCGAGUAUGGACAGGUAAAUCACGCUCUGGCUGCUGCUAUGCGGACUCUAAUCAAGGAAUACAUGAUACUAAUAACCCAGCUGGAACAUCUUCAGAGACAGGGACUUCUGUCACUGCAGAAACUCUGGUUUUAUAUCCAGCCCACAAUGAGGACCCUGGAGAUUCUUGCUUCACUUG